AUGUAAAUUUUUCUAGAUCAUUAUAAAUGGAAUGAGGUAUGUCAAAAUAUAUAAUUAGAGACGACUAGAUAGAUGUUUAGAAUUUAUUUAAGAAAUAACUGAUAAUGAAUUCAUUCCAUCUUUUUUUAAGAAUUCUGUUUGUAGAAUUGAUUAAUUAUCAGAUUAUUUAUUAAAAUAUUAAAUAGAAACAUAGAAUUAUGAAUUAAAAGAUUUGAUUGGUCGUUUAGGUGGAUUUGAAGAUAAAUUAAUGUUUUCUAAAUUUUAAGAGAGAUAUCUACGUUAACCAGGUAUUAUUCAAAAAAAAGAAGCAGAUAUAACUUUUUUAAGAUUAUUAUUUGAAGAAAUAAAAUUAGAAAGAUAAUUAGAUGAAUAAAGAUUUAAAGUACUUAAGAGAUGGGAUUAUAAUGUUUAAGUAUUAUUCAAAAAAUUAUCAUUUGGAACAAAUAUAGUAGAUUAAUAAAAGCUAAAGAAAUUCUUUAUAAGAAUAAGAUAAACUAUAACUGAUGAUGAAAUAGAACUAUUAUUAAAAAGAAUUGGUAGAGGAGAUGCCAAUAUAAUGACAUUUGAAGAUUUUAGUUAAGCUAUUAAAACAUAAAGAUAGAGAUCUCAAGAUAAAAUUGAAAUUCCUAUAAUGAAAAUAAGUACAGUAAUAAAAAGAGAACCUUAACAUUAGAGUUAUAUGGAGAAAUUGAGAAGAAGAUAUAAACCACUUUAAACAUAAUAAUCAGUUGUUAUUUAAAAGAUAGAUAAUAAAGGAUGCCACACUCCUCGUGCUAAAACACCAACAGCUACAACAAGAACUACUGAAACAAAAUAGGCUCGUACUAGAACUAGAACUCCAAAUUAAAAUACAGAACCUAGAUCAUUUACUAAUGAAUCUAAAGAACUUAAUACUUUAAUGUCAGUUUACUUAAAUUAAUAAAGAUGUUUGUAAAAUGUAAUGGCUCAAUUAGAAGAAGUAAUAAUCUUAAAAUCUUUAAUUUCAAAUGAUUGGCAAUAGGAAUGGUCUGAUUUGGGAGUUAAUACAAAGAAUAUUUCUCAAGAAUUUUUUUUAAAUAUACUCACUUAUUAUGAUGACAGACAACCUUUGUAAUAAAAGAUAAAAGUAUCAGAUCUAUAAAGUUCAGUAUAGAUUGUUGCCAAUAAUUUAUUUGAAUUAUUAAGUGAAUAAGAGCAGUAAUUACAAAAAGCAAAAUUACAAUUUUUAAGAGAAGGAACUCUAAGUUCUUUAGAUAGAUACUUUCAUAAAGGAUAUAUGGAUGUAUUAGAUGUACUCUAGAUUUUAGAACAUUCAACAACAAGAAGUGUAAAUUUAUAAGAUGCAGAAUUAAUGAUUGCUAAAUUUAAUAAAUUUGAUGGCAAAAAGACAAUAACAAGAAAAGCUCUAUUAAAUGAAUUAACCUGA